AGAAAAGACAAGGUGUUGAUUCUUUGCAGUAGAGGGGUUACAGAGAGGAUGCGACAUCUGAUGAGGGAUUUAGAAGUUCUAUUACCACAUAGUAAGAAAGACUCAAAACUAGACUCUAAAUCCUCACUUCACCUGAUAAACGAAUUAGCAGAAUUAAAUUCAUGUUCCAACGCACUUUAUUUCGAAGCUCGUCGUCAUACGGAUUUAUACAUGUGGUUGAGUAGAACACCUAAUGGACCCAGUGUUAAAUUUCACGUUCAGAAUUUACACACUAUGGAUGAAUUGAAAAUGACUGGGAAUUGUUUGAAAGGUAGUAGAGGUGUAGUCGUCUUUGAUGGGAGAUGGGAAGGUGAAGAAUGGGGUUUGUUGAAGGAAAUGUUGGCUCAUGUCUUCUCCGUCCCACGAACUUCUAGAAGGCUCAAACCGUUCAUCGAUCAUAUCCUCUUAUUCUCCGUUUUAGACGGUCGGAUCUGGUUUAGAAAUUAUCAAAUCAUAUACAAAGACCCACUUCCCUCUUCAUCCUCCGGUCCUAAAGGAAAACCGAAACCUACCCCUUCCCUCGUCGAGAUAGGCCCUCGAUUCGUACUCACCCCAAUAAGGAUCUUCGAAGGUUCUUUCGGCGGUCCUACCGUUUACGCAAAUAGUGAAUUCGUCUCACCUGCCUCUGUACGCGCUGCUAGCAAAGCGGAAGCUGGGGCCAAGUAUCGCGUCAGAAAAGAAUUGGAAGAAGGGAGAGAUGAGAGGAGGAAACGACUUCGAGAAGAAGUCGGUGAGGACGAGUUGAGCAGGAAAAAAGUUUUUGCUUAGACUUUUAUGCAUACGAUCG